AUGCUUCUUCUCGAUUACCAAAACGUCUUGAUCGAGAACCUCCUGACGGAGCGGUUCUCUGGAGCUCCCCCGGUGUCAAUCGAUCAAAUUGCGUCCGACUUCGACGGCGUCACCUUCCACCUGUCCACUCCCGAAUCCAAGACCCAAAUUCUCAUCUCAAUCAACGUGAAAUGCUUCAAGGACCUGGUUCAAUAUGGCGCCUUGGACGUCCUGCAGAGAGAAUACGGACCCUACAUUGUCGACACAGAGCCCGGAUAUGAUUUCUCGGUAUUGAUCGAUCUGGAGAAUCUCCCCGCCGAACAGGAGGCCCGAGAAGAGUUGAUUAUGCGGCUUGCGCUGAUGAAGCGCAAUGCCAUGGCUGCCCCAUUCGAAAGAGCAUUCGAUGAUUUUGGGAAGCUGGCAGAGGAGGCCUCGCAGUUCUCCCCGGAAGCGACACCGCCGGGAGUCAAAGAGGGAGGACAAGUGAUGGCAAUCCAUUACCGUGAAGAGGAAGCAAUCUAUAUCAAGGCUAGCUAUGAUCGGGUGACUGUGAUCUUCAGUACUGUCUUCCGUGAGGAGACUGACCGGAUCUUUGGCAAAGUGUUCUUGCAGGAAUUUGUCGACGCCCGGAAGCGUGGAAUGGCUCUGCAGAACGCCCCGCAAGUGCUUUUCCGUAACGACCCUCCAUUGGAGCUGCAGGGUGUACCUGGUGUCAAGCCUGCAGGUGAAGGCGAGAUGAGCUACGUUACCUUUGUCCUUUUCCCUCGCCACCUCACUCCUCAACGCCGCUACGCAAACAUCUCCCACAUUCAGACCUUCCGCGACUAUUUCCACUACCACAUCAAAGCAUCGAAGGCAUACAUCCAUACCAGAAUGCGCAAAAGGACGGCGGACUUCCUCCAGGUCCUCAACCGAGCUCGACCUGAGAACGAGGAACGCGAGAAAAAGACGGCCAGUGGACGUACCUUUAGGGUUCAGGGCUAAACUGUGAACUUAAAUUCUCAACAGACACAACCCUUGUUCUGAGAAGGUAGAACCGCUGUGGGGUUGUGAGGUACGGGUGGUAUCGGUGUACGCGGCUGGAACCUCGUCGCAUUGCUUUAGUAUUUCCGGUGGACUAAAUGGAUAGGACCAAGCAAAGAUACCAGCAUGGAGUUGUCAACAGAUUUCUGAAUUACCUUGUUUAGUAAAUACUUUAUUGAUCUAUAGAGUUGAUUGAGCUAUUAACUGUCAUUUGGCUAUUUUUAAGGCUGAACUGUUGAUAAUUUACAGCGUCCUUUUGUCGUUAUGUUUGGCUUUACCUCUUUUCUCAUAUUAUCUUUUGAAAGCGAAUCAUCAUUGCACUGUUGGCUUGGGCGGAUAGCCACCAGGUUACCAUAAUCAACAGAAGUAUAUUUCGUUUCAC